UUUUUUCUUCGUUAAAUGGAUGAACAGUCCUGUGUCACAAUGUGUAUAUAAGCGAUGUUUUCCUUUCCACUUCGCUUAAGACUAAACCGUUUUUACAAUAGCUAACAUGCAAUGGCUUCUAUACUAUAUGUUAUUGUUUUCUUAGUGUUCGUUGCGACAUCUGGGACGUUCUCGGUAUCAGUCUCCAAAACUCUCUCUGUUACAAACGCUAAUGACUGGGGUGAUUGGGGUGAUGCACAAUAUUGUGGUGAAGAUACAUACGCUGUUGGCUACGAUAUGAAGAUCGAGGAAUGGAUAAAAGGUGACGACACAGCUCUGAAUGGCAUCAAACUGAUAUGCCAGUCUCCAUUCGGUCAUACUUCUAGACGUGGCGUAGCAACAUCAAGCGUUGGUCCAUGGGGUGGAUGGGUCGGAGAAGCAUUAUGUGACAAUCGUAAUGACAAACAACAGUUCUUGACAUCAUUCAACUUGCAAAGUGAACAAAAGCAAGGAAAAGGCGACGACACCUCUGCAAAUUUUAUAAAAUUCAAGUGCAGGGAUUUAGCUGGCUCCUUGCCUUCGUAUGAAAUGUCUAGAGAUCCUGGAUUCGGAGAAUGGGGUCAGUACGGAUCCUGGAGUUCUGAGUGCUAUAAAGGGACUGCUAUUUGCGGGAUUAAGACAAGGGUUGAGGUACCACAGGGAAGAGGAGAUGAUACAGCACUGAACGACGUUAUAUUUUACUGUUGCAGAUAAUUGUUUUAUUACUUUACAUGUUAAUAUAUUUAUCAUACUUGGUGAAUAUUCGGCUGUGAUACUUUCUUUUUCAUUGUUGACAUUUUGAAAUAGUAGGAACUUCCAAUUUGAAAGCGUACAUAGAAUCUCUUUUUUAAAUACUGUAUGUUUCAUGGGGAAAAAACAAUGUAUGUUUUUGUUUCCGUAAUUACGUUUACCAUGUUUUCAGGUUUUGCAGAUUUUGUAAGUUUUAUCAAAUCGUAGUAUUAGCAGAUAUUAUGUCUAUUAAAGGAGAUGAUAUUUGUUUGUUUGGGUGAAAGAUUAAAAUCUAUUCAAAUUUAUGAGCAACAUAUGCAUUAUAAUUUCCACGAGUUGCACAAGUCCGGAUGAAAAUGUAUGAUAUAGGUUUCUGAUUUUUAACCAGAACCAAACACAAUCUCCUUUUAUUUUGUGCAUUUUAACGAUAGUAUUUUAAAAUCUUCUUUAAAAGGUCAGUGGGGACCCAAAGAUGUAUGAAGUAACGUUACGCAUGAUUAACGAGGAAAUUAAGUUUCUAAUAACUUUAUAAGAGAACAAUAAACAUAGAAACUGCAAAUUUUUAAAUGAAUUUUUAUUACUUACAGAACAUCUAAUUAUCUAUAAAAGAUAUUCAUCCGUCCUUAAGCGUAAUCCCACGUAUUGACAUUAUAUAUGAUAGCCAGUGAAACAGGCAACAUAUUAUCCACCGUAGUAUUUAGUUAAGUAAUACUGAAUGCAUGAAAUAAACGUGCAAGUUUUUCAUAAAAGUGAUAAUCACACAUAUGUUGUAAAACAUUUUUUAUGAUAUGUGCAUGUUUUAGUCAGUCACUCAUUUUAUAUCGAAUAAAAUCAUUAUUAUAUAAGCA